UGUAAUGGUAAUUGAGAUUACUCAGGUUUGAAUUUUUGUUCUUUGCCAGCACAUUCUGGUUCCCGAAGAAGAUAAUAGUCCUCAAAACAGCUCAUCCGUGCCCUUGGAUACAACUGCUGGCUUCCCGAACUUGAGUCAUGUCAAUGACACUAACAAAUCAGAUCUGAAAACCUUACUCACCACUCUAGCAUCAAAGGUCUGGAUUGGAGAGACUCCCAGCUGUAAUAUGAUAAAUGUAUGCAGAGAAAACCUAAUGGAUGGUGCCAUCCGAGCCUUUGCAAGGAGGAGUUUCAAUCCAGAAGCCAAAUUAAGUGUCAUAUUUAUGGAUGACUUCAUGCAAGCAGAGGGUUCAGUGGACAAGGGGGGCCCUACACGGGGGUUUUUCCGACUGCUUAUGAUAGCUCUCAGAGACAGCACCCUAUUUACAGGGCCACAGAACAGUAAGAACCUGUCCCUGGACAGCCAUGCGUUACGCAGAGGUCUCUACAGAACAUAUGGAGUGAUGAUUGCUGUUGCACUGGUGCAUGGAGGAGUGUUGCCUUCUUGUUUUUCCGAGAGGCUCUACCAAAACCUUUGCUCUACACCUACAUCACCACCCACUCUCGAAGAAGUAGCCGAUCAGGAUUUGCAGUUGAAACUCAAAAAGAUCAGUGAGGCAGUUGAUAUUACAGCAGCUAGAGCUGCCAUUGAGGAAGCUGCAGAGAGCCUGUCCUUGUUGGGGUCCCUGAGGCAUAUCACCACUAUGGAGGGAAGGGACCAGUUGGUUCAGGCUGCCACAAGUUUCUAUGUGGAAGGAAGGACAGAGGAAGCCUUGCAACAUGCUACAGCGGUUGGACCAGAUUUUACUUAUUUUUUGAUAAAAAUGCUUGGACUUGCUGAAGGACUAAACACAAUUGGUCUCCUGGACCUGAUGAAAAUUCACCCCAGCAUCUUCAAGGAUGUUUUCUUCAUCAGAGAGGCCUUUAAAGGCUACAGACUUGAUCUCCCUGUUCAAAGCAAUGCUGUCCCAUCCUGAAAGCAACCAGUGGCGAAAAGAGAAGAGAGUGGAAGGGUACUGGAGAGACUUCCUACUUGAUAUUGAAGAUGGUGUGUUUGAGAUCACAAUGGAACAAAUCCUGGUGUUUGCCUCUGGAGCUGACAGAGUGCCAGCUCUUGGUUUUUCCCCUCACCCAACUCUGACUUUCAUUCAUGAGACAGGGCGGAAGUACCCUGAAGCCAACACCUGCCUUGUAAAUUUGAAACUGCCUAUCCAUGACACUUACGCACAAUUCACAAAGUUCAUGUGUGAGGGAAUUAUUCAAGCUCCCACUUUUGGUCUGGCUUAAAGUCACUGACAGCUAGGGCUGCCACCUCUUAGUCGAUUAGUCCACUAAUCUGUCGUUUUGGUCUUAGUCGACUAAGAUUUCUUUAGUCU